GAAUUGCCCACAUCCUGCGGUUGGACUGCUGGAGAGGCUGACGCCGCUUGCGCCGCCACUGUGACGGCCGAGUUGUGGACCUUUGUCCAGGUCAUGCUCACGAGCUACCAGUGCGCGGGCACGCGAUCUCGGCAGGGUACCCUUGCCCUGCUCAGCGAGAUCUCGACGAGGGCCUCCAGUGCCUGCGACAUCGACAGCGGCGCGCGCGCCCGACCACUUCGGCUCGGCGAGCUUAGGCCCGGCUUACCAGCUGCCGACGUUGCGGGGCGUCUUGGCCCGCGUGCUCACGUCAGCCCAGAGGUGCUCGCCUGGCCGGGCGAGCUGUCCCAGGCCCUGCUGCCGCGCGCCCAGUGGCCCACCGAGGUGCCGAAGGCGAGGCUCCUGGUUGACUCGCCUGCGGAGUGGGCCAAGAUCGUGGGCCACCUGUACUCGCUCGGGAUCGUGGAGGCGAUUGAGGAUGAGCACAUCUUCCGGGCGGGUGACACGCCCGUGCUCAACGGGGCCUUCGCAGUCGAGAAGAAAGGCACUCCAGAGGCAGGGGGGCAGAGGCAGUGCCGCUUCAUCAUGAACAUGGUACCGGCCAACAGUUAUCUGAGGAUCAUGACUCAGGACCUGUCGACGCUCACGGCUUCGACCUCUUGGGUCACUGUGGCGUUGGAGGGCCAGCGCGUGCUUCUCUGGUCGGGCGACGACCAGCAGGGGGCCUUCUUCGUCUGGAAGAUCCCUCGCCCUUGGCGGAGCUUCACCGCGCUGAAGGGCCGCGUUCUGGGUCGCCUUGUGGGGCGUCAUGAGCAGAAGACCGCGCGCGUCUGCUCAGCCGCCAUGCCGAUGGGCUGGCUGCUGGCCGUCACGCUUUUCCAACAUCUGCAUAGACGGCUGGGCCUGCGCCCCCCUCCUGCUGGGGCGGGCCUGCCUGAGGACGACGAGUGGAGGAGAGACAAUCCACUUCCCAUAACUCAGGUGGGCAUGUGCCGUUCCUGGCAUCAGUUCUUCAUUGAUGACUUCGAUGCCCCCAGGAUCGUCAUCGGCACGGAGGGUGAGAUCGGCGUCGGGUCGGUCUACCAGGAGCGGCAGAGGGCAUCUAACCAGCGGAACGGCGUGGUCUGGGCCGAGCGCAAGGCCCACCUCGGCGAGACCAAGCCGUUCGAGACUAUGCUCCCGGGGGCCCUGCUGGUAACCAAGGGCUGGGUCUACUGGAAGACCGUGCUCGUCCUCUUGGGCAAGCUGGUCAGGGCGCUGGAGUUCAGGCGCGUGCUCUUCUGCAUCCUCAACAAGGUCUGGAAGUUUGCGGACGGCGCUCACUCUGGCUGGGUCAAUUCUGAGAUGACCGAGGAGCUCCUCUGCGCCAUAG